AUGAAGGCACAGGGAUAUGAUGGGGCGAGUAAUAUGUCAGGUCGGCACAAUGGUGUACAGGUACUAAUGAAGCAGCAUGCUUCUGAUGCCACAUACAUACAUUGUAAAGCGCACUGCCUAAACCUUGCUGUCGUCCAUUCAUGUAAGGAACCCUGUGUCCGAACAAUGAUGGCGACAGUACAGGAGAUUGGCUUUGCAUUCCAUUACUCUGCCAAACGUAUGGAGGCAUUUAUGGACGAACUGUUAGGAAACCUUGAGGUGCAGGUCAACCAGGAGAGAAAAACAAAAUUGGUCAAGCUGUUCGAGACACGAUGUACUGCAAGAGCUGAUGCACUGACCACAUUCAAAAACGCCCUGCCAGUGGUCGUUAACACGUUGGAGUUCCUCCGUGGACAAAACAACGAUAAGGCCGGAGUCCACCUAAACUCCAUGCUUAGGUAUGCUUUCCUCAUUGGGCUCUAUGUGUGCGAUAAGCAAAUUCUGAAAAUCGUCGUACACCUUUCGAUCUUCCUCCAGAGCGUGUCAUGUGACAUGUGGUCCGCCAUGGAAGAAUGUCGUGUCGUGGUGGCAACACUACGGGCAGAGCGUAACAACGACAUUGUCUUGGCGGGAAUAUAUGACGAGACGAACAGGAUCAGCCGCCUACACGACAUAGAACCUUCCAUCCCACGACGCGUCGGACGCCAGCAAAAUCGAAACAACGUGCCUGCUGCUAAUCCAUCAGAAUACUGGCGAAGGUCACUAUAUCAUAUCUUCAUAGAUCAUAUAAUCAUGGGGAUUGAAGACCGACUUCUCGGAGCAGAGUCAAGAUUUAGGACCUUCCAACUGCUUCCGGCAAAGACGGGAGAACUCGAUGAUCCCGCUCUUGUUGCCAUUCACCAAUCCUUCCAGAGCGAUGUGCCAAACGAUACUGCGGACUUCAGGAGCGAGGUUGACAGGUGGAAGACACGUUGGCGCAUAGUAGAGGAUAAGCCGCAAACCCUAGUGGAUACCUUCAAUCGGACCAGCCCUGUCCUCUAUCCGUCAAUUCACAACAUCCUGUUAGUUCUCCUGACCAUGCCCGUCUCCACAGCGACAGCCGAGAGGUCUUUCAGUGUCCUUCGGCGAAUACAAACGUAUCUAAGAUCAGCAACACACCAGGACCGUUUGUCAUCAUUGGCCGUGCUACAUGUGCACAGGGAAACGCAUGUGAACAUUGAGGAUGUCAUCAACACAUUUGCUGCAUAUAAAAACCGAAAAAAGGUAUUUUGA